CACACGUGUUUCAAAUAAAUCAAUAAAGUUAAGAAACCGAUGACCGGUUUAAUAAUGUAAAGACGUGUUUUCACGUGAUCCAAUUUGAUUAAAGACUUUUUUGAGUGUUAAAUAAGAUCUUUAUAUUUGGAGUAAAUAGUUAUCUUUAAGUAUCUACAAUAUGAAAUCAGUGUUUUGCUUGGUGAUGUUGUCGCUGAGCUCAGCGUACGCCGACAUUGCAGGAGAGUGUGAUAUGGCGGGCUUCUACCUCGAGCUGGGCUGCACGCCGCUACCCCAAGCUGACAAUACAACCAUAUGUCCCGACGCUUUCGAUUGUCCCGACCUACGGAUCAAUCCUGACCCUAACACCUGCUAUUAUAGAGGGGUCUCCUACAAACCAGGCGCUCCGUUCCCGCAGAACGUUGUCAAGAACCCAUGCACCAAGAACUGCGGCUGCAGUAUCAUCAACGGUGUACCACAGUUCACAUGCGCAGUUGUUGACUGCGUGGAAGCUGAAGACGCCGAAGAGUGUAUCCGUACAUACGAGGUCGAUUCGUGCUGCAGCAGUGGGCCUGUUUGUGGUAAAGACGCCAUAGCCAGUUUAAAGACCUGCGAAAUUGAUGGAGUGAUGUACAAAGAAGGUCAGGCGUUCCAACCGGUCAAUACAAAGAAGACUUGCGUUUGUACUGCUGAGUGGAACGGCCGAUAUGAUGAUCCAGCAAGCUGCAGGGACCUUGACUGUGCCGUGGAGAUCCAUUACCAGGAUAUGAUUUUUAGCAAGUGUGCUCCAGUGUUCUUCGGAAAUCAGCUGGGCUGCCCUAUAUCGUUCGUGUGUCCAACCGAAGAAACAAAAGUUAUACACGGACAAAACAUUCGCGGCAUCAGCUCGCAAUGCUUCUACGGAAACAUGACUGUCAACGUUGGAGAUACGGUUACAGUGGCUGAGAAAUGCACCAAGUGUGUCUGCAAUGUUCCUCCGUACAUAUCUUGCAUUAUGAAGGGAUCUUGUGAUGAUUAAGUAGUUUUAAAGCCCAUAGUUUAAUAUUAUAAAUGAGAUAACAAUAAAAGUAAAAAUGAUACUUUGUGUUUUGGUAUGAGGUUUUCACAUCUAAACACUGAAUCGAUCUUCAUGUAAGGCACAGAGAUGGGAAACUUUUAUAAUUUAUCGCUAGAAACAGGACUUUUUUAUAUGGGAAAGGAGCUGUGCACCUGUGCAGCAAGAGCUGAGGUACCUCCUGCGGUGCUGUUUAUCUCAUAAAGUCCGCGAACCAUAUGAGCUAAAUAUCAACUAAAGACUCUCUAAAGUACCGCAGCAUUGCAUUCCGUCCAGUGCAGCUUAACCCAAUAAUUAGUUCUGACAAAUAGAUGUAACUUUUGUAUCGGGGAGUGAAGCGUGUUUAUCAACUUGAACUGUAACUACUAAGGGGAAAAGUUGCUCGAAGUUAAGCUAUAUAAAUUAAGUUGUCCCAAACAACCUUUUGCAACCCGUAACUGUUAUUUAUUAUGACAUAUAAAACUUUAUAUGUAAUAUAAAGCUUUCUUUAAAAAUGUAGGUAUAUUAACUUACAUUUAAAGCAAUGGCAGUUAUGAUAAGCCCGGGUAUUACGUUCCGCCAUCUUGCUAAUAACAAAUGAUUGCAGUGCGCCUAAUAAAACAAAGUGCUUUGAAUAAAAUAUUUAUUUAAUUACUAAAUAAAAAAAAUAUUUUUUAUUGUAUAGUAUGGGUGUAAACACACAGUAUGUUAUAAAAUAUGUCUUCAAUACAUUUAAUUCUAAUUUAAUAAUACUAACGGCGAGGUUUGACAUAAAACUUAUAAAUAAUAACAAAAAGAAAUUCACAAUUAUGUACAUACACCACAGCCUUAUAGGACCUUUGUAAACUAUUCUUAAAUAACGUUGUGACGACCUAAAACUAUUAUUUAUAUACAGUUAAGUACUUACUAAGUAAAAGGGUUAGAUUUAAUUAAUAUUUAUGUAAUUAUAUCAAAUUUAAUACAAUGAA